GCCCAUCCUGGAGAGGUUCACGACCACGCUCAAGUCAAAAGAGAGAUCCAAGUCCGCGACCACCUUGCCUCCAAAGCCGCCCGCUCCCUUGGAAACUGCGCCGGCACAAUAAAGGCUCGCGCCCUGGAGCAGCGUGCGAUCACCCGUCGUGCUGCCACUGCGGAACGUCUUCGCAAAGCUCGUGGUAUCACCAUGUCUCCUUACCUCCACCGUAGGGACUUGGCUGCCCUCCAGAAAUUCGAGACCGUCAACCACAACUACACCGGGACUGUCAACCCUCAUGAUCCAUCUGCCAUCUUUUCCGCCAAUACCUCUUGCGUCCUGACUCCUGAGAACACCAUUGGUCCAUACUACGUCAUUGGUGAGCUCCUGAGAGAAAAUGUCGCUGAAGACCAGGCGGGCGUGCCCAUGCAUCUCGAGAUGCAAUUCAUCGACACUAACACUUGCGAACCGGUGCCCCGGCUCCUAAUCGAUAUUUGGUCCUGCAACGCCACUGGUACAUACUCUGGCAUUGAUGUCGCUUCUGGUCAAGCCGGUCUGAAUACCACUUUCCUUCGUGGCCUUCAGCAAUCUGAUUCCGAUGGUGUUGUUCAGUUUGACACGAUCUUCCCUGGCCAUUACGACGGCAGAGCUAUCCACGAGCAUGUUGUUGUGCAUACCAACGCCCAGACCUUGCGCAACGGCAGCUGGAUUGGAGGAACCUAUGCCCACAUCGGCCAGCUCUUCUUCGACGAGUCUCUGCGAUCGGCUGUCGAGGCGACUUACCCCUAUAACACCAACACACAGGCUAUCGUGUCAAAUGAUGACGACAUGUGGGCGCCGACUCAAGCUGAUAACAACUACGACCCAUUCCCGGAAUUUGUCUACCUCUCUGACGAUAUCACGGAUGGUCUGUUGGCUUGGAUCUCAAUUGGCAUCGAUACCACUGCCAACCACACUGCCGAUGCCUCAUAUGCUGCAUACUACGAUGCUACUGGUGGUCACAACAACGCGAAUGGAGGAGUCGGCGGUGCUCCACCGAGUGGAUCGGGACCUCCUCCCAACGGAGCA